ACCGAAUUUCCCUUCACACCUUUUCACUAGUAGGAGCGUGCUCUCCACAAGUUCAGCAGCAGCAGCCUCUCAUUUUCUCCUCCCACUACUUCCAUCGAUUCCUUCCUUCGUCUUCCAUGGCUGCGAUUGCGACCUCGGUAAGCGCUAGCUUCUGCUACAGCAAGUCGUCGAGAAUCGAUGGCAGUAGGAUCCUCUUCACCGCCGCCGCGGUUCCGAUGCGCGGGCGGCGGGUCGUGUCGGUGAGAGCGGAGGCUCAGGCGAUUAACCCGGAGAUCAGGAAGAGCGAGGAGAAGGUCGUGGAUUCGGUCGAGGUCGCGGAGCUGGCCAAGCCCCUGACGGCUUACUGCAGGUGUUGGAGGUCGGGGACUUUCCCGCUGUGUGAUGGGAGCCAUGUGAAGCACAACAAAGCGACCGGCGACAAUGUUGGGCCUCUGCUCUUGAAGAAGCCGAAACAGUAGUAGGCUGGUUUCGAUUCUGCUGACGGAUUCGGGAGCUCAAUGAUGCUUUCCUGUGAGUGUGGACUGAGAAAUUACUUACAACAUAUGACUAUGAAUAUCGAUUUCUUGCUGGUAAUGUUAUAGCUUGUUAAUGAAAUGUUGCCUUGGGUUCCAACUAGUUGAGCAUAUUUAUCCUCUUUUGAGGAUGAGUUCUGUGAACUUUUUUAGUGAAUGCUUUGGCUUGUUGCAGAGUGCUCUGCUAUUUUCUUGGCUCGUCUCCUACACCACACAGUCUAUGUAUUGUAUUGCUUGUUAAAUGCGUCAAUUAGGUGAUUGAUGCAAGUGUCGAAUUAUGAACAUGGGUACUCAAAACUCAAAAG